GGCGGAGAAGAGCAGAAGGUGAUGAAUCUCGUCUCACACAGAUCCCGAACAAUAACGGCACACAACACCUUGCUCUGUGUAUUUGUAGAGCGGUAUAUCGUGAAAUACAUGAAUGGUAGUGUCUAGAAAGGGUAUGUCCCUUCAGGAGAGAGGUGCCAAUGUCCAGCCGGCCUAAUAACAAUCCAGGGGGGUCACUGCGACGUUCACAGAGGAACACUGCUGGGGCCCAGCCGCAAGAGGACAUCGCAGGUGGAAGGUCCCAGUUAGAGCAGGCAGAGAAUAAGACUUUUAGCCUUCCCAAGAGCAGAAAAUCUAAGACUCCCAAAGUGCAGUGUAAUACAGCUUCUGGGCAGUCCAGGGGACACAACCCUAAAAGGGGUGGCUGUAGCUCAUCUUCCCUUUUAAUAUCGUACCCAGAGGAUUCGGAAGGAAAUACUUCAGAGUGUCAAAGGCCUACUAAAAAGGACGGUAAUCGUGGAGUGAAACGUAGCUCCAGCCCUGAUUAUAACAGAACUGACUCCCCCAGUUGUACAAAGAAACCCAAAGCACUUCAGCACGCUGAGUCCUCUGUGGGGACAAGGCGACCAAAUAAACCCAAGAAAAGGCAAGGUGGCCAGGAGCAGCCAUCUCAACCCACACCAUUGCCGUCAACAAGCAAAGCACACAGCAGGAAGGGUGGAGCCCCCGGCACCCCUCCGCUGGUCAAAAGAAAAAGGACAGAUAAUUCAACUUGUGUGAACAGCAGUGCAGCCGUUGUAUCGACUGGUGGCGAAGACAGGUCUGCAAAACCCACCAAGCUGGCUUCAAAAUCGGCCACCUCAGCCAAAGCUGGGUGUAGCACCAUAACAGAUUCCUCUUCUUCUGCCUCCACCUCUUCCUCUUCCUCCACAGUCGCCUCAGUUUCCUCUGCAGCACCUCCAGGAGCCUGUGUAAAGCAAGGGAAAGACCAGAACAAAGCCAGGCGUUCCCGUUCUGCUUCAAGUCCCAGUCCACGAAGGAGCAGCAGGGAAAAGGAGCAGGCUAAAGCUAGUGGCUCCUCAAAGUUUGACUGGGCAGCUCGUUUUAGUCCCAAAGUUAGCCUUCCCAAAACUAAACUCUCCCUCCCUGGGUCUUCCAAGCCUGAGACAUCAAAACCUGGACCCUCAGGAUUGCAGGCUAAAUUAGCAAACUUGCGGAAGUCUACAAAAAAGCGCAGUGAGUCACCACCGGCUGAGCUCCCCAGUUUGCGGCGGAGCACACGCCAGAAGACCACGGGCUCCUGCGCUAGCACCAGUCGGCGAGGCUCUGGCCUGGGCAAGCGAGCAGCAGCUGAAGCUCGCCGACAGGAGAAGAUGGCCGAUCCUGAUAAUCAGGAGGGUGCUAACUCUUCAGCUGCACGUACUGAUGAGACCGCCCAGGGAGCUGCAGCUUCAAGCUCUGUAGCAGGCGCCGUGGGUAUGACCACCUCUGGAGAAAGUGAGAGUGAUGAUUCCGAAAUGGGAAGACUCCAAGCUCUGCUGGAAGCCAGGGGUCUUCCUCCACAUCUAUUUGGACCACUUGGACCUCGAAUGUCUCAGCUCUUCCACCGGACUAUAGGAAGUGGUGCAAGUUCUAAGGCUCAGCAACUUCUGCAAGGUCUCCAGGCAACAGAUGAAAGCCAGCAACUUCAGGCUGUGAUUGAGAUGUGCCAAUUGCUGGUAAUGGGAAAUGAAGAGACAUUGGGAGGGUUUCCGGUGAAGAGUGUGGUGCCGGCACUGAUUACUCUGCUACAGAUGGAGCACAAUUUUGACAUUAUGAACCAUGCAUGUCGAGCUUUAACUUAUAUGAUGGAGGCACUUCCUCGCUCUUCAGCAGUUGUAGUGGAUGCUAUACCCGUGUUUUUGGAGAAGCUGCAGGUCAUUCAGUGUAUUGAUGUAGCUGAACAGGCUCUCACUGCUCUUGAGAUGUUAUCGCGUAGGCACAGUAAAGCCAUUUUACAAGCUGGAGGGCUUGCUGACUGUCUCCUUUACCUGGAGUUCUUCAGUAUCAAUGCACAGAGGAAUGCUUUAGCCAUAGCAGCCAACUGCUGCCAGAGCAUCAGCCCGGAUGAGUUUCAUUUUGUUGCAGAUUCUCUGCCGUUGCUGACACAGAGAUUAACACAUCAGGAUAAGAAAUCUGUUGAAAGCACUUGCCUCUGUUUUGCACGAUUAGUGGAUAACUUUCAGCACGAAGAGAAUCUCCUACAGCAAGUGGCCUCUCGGGACUUGCUUACAAACAUUCAGCAGCUCCUUGUAGUGACGCCUCCCAUCCUGAGUUCCGGCAUGUUCAUCAUGGUGGUUCGUAUGUUCUCUCUGAUGUGUUCCAACUGCCCCACGCUGGCCGUGCAGCUCAUGAAGCAGAACAUUGCAGAAACUUUGCAUUUCCUCCUGUGUGGGGCCUCAAAUGGCAGUUGCCUGGAGCAAAUUGACCUGGUUCCACGGAGUCCCCAGGAGCUAUAUGAGCUGACCUCACUUAUAUGUGAGCUAAUGCCCUGUUUACCAAAGGAAGGAAUAUUUGCAGUUGAUACCAUGUUAAAGAAGGGAAAUGCGCAAAACACAGAUGGAGCAAUUUGGCAGUGGCGAGAUGAUCGAGGGCUCUGGCACCCGUACAGCAGAAUAGAUAGCCGUAUCAUCGAGGCAGCCCAUCAGGUUGGUGAGGAUGAAAUAAGUUUAUCUACACUGGGGCGUGUUUAUACUAUUGAUUUUAAUUCUAUGCAGCAAAUCAACGAAGAUACCGGAACUGCACGCGCCAUUCAGAGAAAACCUAACCCUUUAGCCAAUGCCAAUACAAGCGGACAUUCAGAUUUAAAAAGAGAUGACGCCAGAGCGCAGCUGAUGAAAGAGGACCCAGAGCUGGCUAAGUCGUUUAUUAAGACUUUAUUUGGAGUCCUGUAUGAAGUGUACAGUUCCUCUGCAGGGCCGGCAGUCAGACACAAGUGCCUUAGAGCAAUCCUUAGAAUAAUUUAUUUUGCGGAUGCUGAAUUGCUUAAAGACGUGUUAAAGAAUCAUGCAGUGUCCAGUCACAUUGCAUCAAUGUUGUCUAGUCAGGACCUAAAAAUUGUGGUUGGAGCACUUCAAAUGGCAGAGAUCUUAAUGCAGAAGUUACCAGAGAUCUUCAGUGUGUAUUUCAGGCGGGAAGGUGUGAUGCACCAAGUGAAGAACCUGGCUGAGUCAGAAACUCUACUAACUAGCCCUCCAAAAGUUUGCACAAAUGGCUCAGGAUCCCUUGUGGGCACAACACCCAUAACUACAGGAGCUGGUACUGUGGCUGGAAAUCCACCUGUUGAACUUGGUUCCCCCAGCUUGCAGCAUCGGGAUGACUCCCUUGACCUCAGUCCACAAGGACGUUUGAGUGAUGUACUGAAGAGGAAACGUCUUCCCAAACGUGGUCCUCGAAGGCCAAAGUACUCUCCACCCCGAGAUGAAGACAAAGUAGACAGUCAAGCUAAAAGCCCAACUACUACACAGUCUCCCAAAUCUUCAUUUCUGGCUAGUUUAAAUCCCAAAACCUGGGGCAGGUUAAGUACACAGUCAAAUAGUAACAAUAUUGAACCAGCACGGACGGCAGGUGUCAGUGGUUUGGCAAGGACGGCUUCCAAGGAUACAAUCUCUAACAACAGGGAAAGAAUACGUGGCUGGAUAAAAGACCAAGCCCACAAGUUUGUCCAGCGAUAUUUCAGUUCAGAGAACAUGGAUGGCAGCAACCCAGCUCUUAAUGUGCUACAGAGACUCUGCAGCGCUACAGAACAGCUCAGCCUCCAGCUGGAUGGUGGAGUUGAGUGCCUUGUAGAAAUCCGAAGCAUAGUUUCAGAGUCAGAUGUCUCUUCAUUUGAAAUUCAACACAGUGGCUUUGUGAAACAAUUGCUUUUAUAUUUGACAUCCAAAAGUGAGAGAGACAUUGUGAGCCGGGACAUCAGGCUUAAAAGAUUCCUACAUGUGUUCUUCGGCUCCCCUUUACCAGGAGAAGAACCUCUUGGGAGGCUAGAGCCAACAGCAAAUAGACACUUGAUGUCACUUGUACACAAGAUGAACAAUUGUCUCAGUCAAAUGGAACAGUUUCCUGUCAAAGUGCAUGAUUUUCCUAGUGGAAAUGGCACAGGGAGCCGAGGGUCUCAGGCACUAAAGUUUUUUAACACCCACCAGCUCAAGUGCCAGCUACAGAGACAUCCUGAGUGCACUAAUGUCAAACAAUGGAAAGGAGGUCCUGUUAAAAUAGAUCCUUUGGCCCUGGUUCAAGCAAUCGAGAGAUACCUUGUGGUUCGAGGUUAUGGCAGAGUGAGAGAAGAAGAUGAGGAUAGUGAUGACGAUGGCUCAGAUGAGGAGAUUGAUGAAUCUUUGGCUGCUCAGUUCUUGAAUUCAGGAAAUGUGCGGCAUAGGCUUCAGUUUUACAUUGGAGAUCACCUGCUACCCUACAACAUGACUGUGUACCAGGCAGUACGGCAGUAUAGCAUUCAAACAGAGGAGGAACGAGAGUCUACAGAUGAUGAGAGCAAUCCUUUGGGUAGAGCUGGCAUCUGGACCAAGACACACACCAUAUGGUACAAACCUGUUCGGGAAGAGGAAGAGAGCACAAAGGACACUGUAGGGGGCAAGAGGGGUCGAGCCCAAACUGCACCAACCAAAACCUCUCCUAGGAAUUCCAAGAAACAUGAUGAAUUGUGGCAUGAUGGGAUUUGCCCCAAAGUCAUUAAUCCUUUAGAAACAUACCUCAUCUCAACACCGCCUGAAAACAUCACUUUUGAUGAUCCUUCCUUGGAUGUGGUGAUCCUUCUGCGGGUUCUCCAUGCCAUCAGCAGAUACUGGUAUUACUUGUACGAUAAUGCUAUCUGCAAGGAGAUCAUUCCCACAGCUGAAUUUAUCAACAGCAAGCUGACUGCAAAGGCUAACAGGCAGCUGCAGGAUCCUCUGGUCAUCAUGACCGGGAAUAUACCUACCUGGUUAACAGAACUUGGGAAAAGCUGUCCAUUUUUCUUCCCAUUCGACACACGGCAGAUGCUGUUCUACGUAACUGCAUUUGAUAGAGAUCGGGCUAUGCAGAGACUGCUUGACACCAAUCCCGAGAUUAACCAGUCGGAUUCUCAGGAUAGCAGGGUGGCUCCAAGACUGGACAGAAAAAAACGCACUGUGAAUAGAGAUGAGCUCUUGAAGCAAGCAGAGUCUGUGAUGCAAGACUUGGGAAGUUCAAGAGCAAUGCUGGAGAUUCAGUAUGAGAAUGAAGUCGGGACAGGACUGGGGCCCACUUUGGAGUUUUAUGCACUUGUAUCUCAGGAAUUACAAAGAGCAGACCUAGGCCUGUGGAGAGGAGAAGAAAUAACCCUUGCUAAUCCAAAAGCAUUUGCCCUUCUAGGAAACCAAGAAGGGACCAAGUACAUCCACAGCCUUCAGGGCCUGUUUGCCCUUCCCUUUGGGCGAACUUCAAAACCAGCUCACAUUGCUAAAGUCAAGAUGAAAUUCCGAUUCCUUGGCAAACUUAUGGCAAAAGCAAUCAUGGAUUUCAGAUUGGUGGACAUUCCUCUGGGACUUCCUUUCUACAAGUGGAUGUUGCGGCAGGAAACUUCUCUAGCCUCCCAUGAUUUGGGAAGUAUAGACCCUGUUGUAGCCAAGUCUGUGCAACACCUUGAAGACAUUGUGAGACAGAAGAAGCGGCUGGAGCAGGACAAAGGACAGACCAAAGAGAGCCUACAAUUUGCACUUGAGAGCUUGAACAUGAAUGGCUGUUCCGUAGAAGACCUAGGUUUGGACUUUACGCUGCCAGGAUUCCCAAAUAUUGAGCUUAAAAAGGGAGGAAAGGAUGUUCCUGUCACCAUCCACAAUUUGGAAGAGUAUGUGAGACUUGUAAUAUAUUGGGCACUGAAUGAAGGUGUAUCAAGACAAUUUGAUUCCUUCAGAGAUGGCUUUGAAUCGGUCUUCCCACUUACACACCUGCAGUAUUUCUAUCCAGAAGAGUUGGAUCAGCUCUUGUGUGGCAGUAAAGCAGACCCUUGGGAUGUGAAGACACUGAUGGAAUGCUGUCGGCCAGAUCACGGAUACACGCAUGACAGCCGAGCUGUGAAGUUUCUUUUUGAAAUCCUUAGUAGUUUUGACAGUGAACAACAGAGGUUGUUUCUUCAGUUUGUCACUGGAAGCCCCAGACUGCCUGUAGGAGGAUUUCGGAGCCUGAACCCUCCACUCACCAUAGUGCGCAAGACUUUUGAAUCCACAGAAAACCCGGAUGAUUUUCUCCCCUCUGUUAUGACUUGCGUGAACUACCUUAAACUGCCAGACUAUUCUAGCAUUGAAAUUAUGCGUGAAAAACUGUUAAUUGCUGCACGCGAAGGGCAACAGUCAUUCCACCUCUCAUGAUCCUAAGGAAAUUACCAUGGAGCCCAUCUGAAGAAAUAAAAAUCAUGAUUAUUUUCUAAAUAUCACCAGAGUGGAGGCGACAUGGUAUGCCGUACUGUAUGAAAAGCGCAGAUUAUUACAGACACUUAAAAAGAAAAAAAAAAGACAUUCACUAGAUCAUCUAAACAACCCAAUGGACGUUUAAAACCGAUCAGACACAAAAGAUUUGUUAAAUAAGUUUAUUUAGAAAGUUUUUUUUUGUUUUGUUUUUUUUUCUGCUUAAAUUAUCCUUUAUUUGAAGAGUGAAGUUUUUAACUUGCUUUGCAGUGUGACUUUAAAAGAGGAUGGGUUAUGGAAAAGAAAUGCAAGCGAGGGACUUCUUGACGCUGGAAAAAUAAAUAUUGCUGUGCGGUUUAAAAUCUCAGUUUGUAUCCAUCUAGCUAUGUAUGCAGGUCUCUUCCCUCCUACCAACUGUUCUCUAUUCAAAUGUAUUUUCUGCACACAAGAACAAAAAAUAGUUCUGCUACUUUAACAGAUUUAGUUAAGUUAAAUGUAUUUUUCACUUUAAAACAGAGAUCCUUUCCCUGAUAUUUUGUAUUGUGCAAUUCAGUGUCCUGCGUGUGCAGACUUAUUUGGGGGGACUUGACUUUUAUUUCCAUGAAUAAAACUGUUUUGCCUCCUCAUCUGAUGGGAAAUGGUAUGGAGGGAAUUUUCUUUUUCUUUGGCCACUUCCUCUGAUAUAACCUGUUUGCAGUCAUAAUGCAUUGCUGGCCUAUCUGGCAGGUGUUACCGACAGCUUGUACUGGCCUUUUUUUUUAAAUAUACCGAAACUGUUUACACAGUAUAUAAAGUGCUGAGUUACAUAUAUAUAUAUUUUUUUUUUCUUUAAUUUGUUAAAAAUGCAAAUCUCAAAUAUUGUGCUGGCCUGUAUUUAUUGUAAUACAGUAAUAGCAUUUCAAAUUAAUGUAUAUUUUAAAACCUAUAAAGUUCAGACUGAUUCCCUGUUUAAACUAAUUUUUCUUUAUUCAGUUCAGUUUUUUUUUUCCUGUUUCUAAUUCUGGGGAAAAAAUAAAGUUGGAAAAGUUUUCACACCGUGGGGAAAAAAAGCAUUUGUUUUCAGUGUCCUAUUCUAUGUGCUGAUUUCUCAGAUCUGCAAUAAUCUACUUCAUCAGGUUCAUGUUUUUACCUGACUAUAAAUAAAACAGGAAAAAAGUUUGCUUCA